GGGUCUGAGCACUUGACCUCUCUUUGGUUUCCAGCCUGGGAAGGGCUGACAGGAUCCAGCAUUUCGUCCUAGGGUCAGCAAAGGGCAGAGGUUUGAAAUUAGGCAUUGCUGGGUUCUCAGCGGGACCACUAAGGCGCCCUCCUCCCACUCUACAGAGAAAAGAGGAGGUGGCUGAAGAGAGGAAGACGUGAGAUUGGUUCUCUGCUGCUCCCUCUCUCUCCCUGCUUCUCCCCACACCCAUCCUCUCCCCCUCAGCAGCCGUCUCCCCCACAAAGACUGGGAAGAGGGAGGGGGCGGAGUUGGGGACUGAAGGAUCAGAAGCCCCACGGUGCCCGCAUCUGAAGGAAGCUCUGGCCAGGGGCAGCUGUGUUGGCUCAUGCUCCCCACCUCCCACUGCAAGAUGCUGGGGAUUCUGGGGCUUUGGGCACUGCUUCCCACAGCUGUGCAAGGUAAGUGUCUACAGGGAGGAGCAGGGUCCUUCCACCUACCCAUUAAAGGAGGGGGCACUUGAAGCAGCAGCCACCCCUUUGGAAGAGUGGUGAUGGGGUGGGCAAGUGAAGGUGACGGGUACAGCUAUGGGUCCCCUUGGUGGGGGUCAGGUUCCAGGCCUCUGCUGACCCUGUUUCCUCCUGUGGCUUUACCAGGCUGGCCCUGGGAUAUAAAACAUGUUUUGUCUCUCUUUGGCUGCUGUUUUUGCCCCUGCAUUCACUCUCAUCUCGAACCCUCCCCUCUCCUUACCCUGGGCCGCAGCACCCCCAGGCAGGCGGACCUGUGUGUUCUUUGAGGCCCCUGGAGUGCGGGGAAGCACCAAGGAUCUGGGGAAGCUGCUAGAUGCAGGACCAGGGCCCCCCAGGGUUAUCCGCUGCCUCUACAGCCGCUGCUGCUUUGGGAUCUGGAACCUGACCCAAGACCAGGCACAGGUGGAGAUGCAAGGAUGCCGAGACAGUGAUGAGCCAGGCUGUGAGUCCCCCCACUGUGAUCCGAGCCCCCGAGCCCAUCCUAGUCCCAGCUUUACUCUCUUCACCUGCUCCUGUGGCACUGACUUCUGCAAUGCCAAUUACAGCCAUCUGCCUCGUCUGGGGAGCCCUGGGACACCUGGUUCCCAGGGUCCCAAGGCCAUCCCAGGCGAGUCCAUCUGGACGGCACUGGUGCUCCUGGGGCUGCUCCUUCUCCUGCUGCUGCUGAGCAACAUCAUCUUGGCCCUGCUACAACGGAAGGCCUGCCCAGUGCACGGUGGGCCAGAGCCAGGGCCAGAGCCGGAGCCGGAGCCACACUCAGGCAGGGACUGGAGUGCCGAGCUGCCGGAGCUGCCCGAGCUGUGCUUCUCCCAGGUAAUCCGGGAAGGAGGUCACGCAGUGGUGUGGGCCGGGCGGCUGCAAGGCAAGCUGGUAGCCAUCAAGGCCUUCCCCCUGAGGGCUGUGGCCCAGUUCCAAGCUGAGAGAGCAUUGUACGGGCUGCCGGGCCUACGGCAUGACCACAUUGUCCGCUUGAUCACCGCCAGCAGGGGCAGCCCUGGUCCCCUGCCCUGUGGGCCCCUGCUGGUACUGGAACUACACCCCAAGGGUUCCCUGUGCCACUACUUGGCCCAGCACACCAGUGACUGGGGAAGUUCCCUGCGGAUGGCACUGUCCCUGGCUCAGGGCCUGGCGUUUCUCCAUGAGGAACGCUGGCAGGAUGGCCAAUAUAAACCAGGUAUCGCCCACCGGGAUCUGAGCAGCCAGAAUGUGCUCAUUCGGGAUGAUGGGUCAUGCGCCAUUGGAGACCUGGGCCUCGCCUUGGUGCUCCCUGGCCUUGCCCAGCCCCCAACCUGGGCUCCUACUCAACCCCGAGGCCCAGCUGCCAUCAUGGAGGCUGGCACCCAGAGGUACAUGGCACCGGAGCUCUUGGACAAGACUCUGGACCUACAGGACUGGGGCACGGCCCUCCGGCGAGCUGAUGUUUACUCUCUGGCUCUGCUCCUGUGGGAGAUCAUGAGCCGCUGCCCAGAUUUGAGACCCGACAGCAGAACACCACCCUUCCAACUGGCCUAUGAGGCAGAACUGGGUAGCACCCCUACCACCUGUGAGCUGUGGACCUUGGCAGUGGAGGAGAGAAGGCGCCCUCACAUCCCAUCCACCUGGUGCUGCUUUGCCACAGACCCUGGCGGCCUGAGAGAACUCCUGGAGGACUCCUGGGAUGCAGACCCAGAAGCACGGCUGACAGCUGAGUGUGUACAGCAGCGCCUGGCUUCCCUGGCCCGUCCUCAGGAGGCCCACCCCUUCCCACAGGGCUGUCCACAUGGCUGCCCACCUCUCUACCCAGAAGACCGUCUCUCCACUCCUCCGCCCUGCCAUUCUCCCUCGUAGGCCUCAGCUGAGUGUCUGCCACUUGAGUGUUCAGCAAGGCCCUUGUUCCAGAAAUCCUCAACCUGCCAGUACCAGUUCUCAUGCGUAAAUAUGCAGUCUAUGUAGAGUCGGUGUACAUGGAAACAUAAAUAUGGUGAUCAGAUACCUGUCUGCUCUGCCUCACCACGGCCUUUCCUACUUGUCAAAUGCUUGGAUGGAUCCUUCCCUGGGUAUCCAAUCCACUGCUUCUGAACAGUGACUGGUGGGGGGAGGGGUGUGCACAGGAAAGAGAUAAAGUCAGCUUCCCUGACUCUAUGUCCUGGUCCUGAGGCCUUCCUCCCUUCCAGUGAUCCUGCAUUCCUGUCUCUCUCCUUUUCCUUCUCUUUCAUAAGCCUUUAUUUGGUGGGAUCUCACACUGGCACUGGGAAAAGGAUGAGAAAGAUGAAAUUGCUGCUCUGAAACUGCUCCGAGACCCACAGCUCAUUUUGUUGGCCACCCAUACAGUGUCCUGGGGCAGUAUCCUCUCCUGAGGCUUGAGUGGGGAGGCCUCACAGAGCACAGGAUGCUUGAGAUGUGUCUUGAGGACCAGGAGUUUUCCAGGAGUGUUGGAGCAGUAGGACAUUUCUGGCCCAGUGAGCUGUACUGUCAUGUGGUGCAGUAAGAAACUGCAAGGAGGACUUCCCUGGUGGCACAGGGGUUAAGAAUCCACCUGCCAAUGCGGGGGA